AUGCGGUGGACGCUCACGGCUCUGUGUGCGCUGUUGGUGGCGGCGGCGGACGCGGCGGACGCGGCGGUGGGCCCGCGGCACUCCGACGACAUCGAGCGGGACGCGCGCCUCGAAGUGCCCGCGUUGGUGCGGCAGUACGGCUACCCGCUGGAGGAGCACCGCGUGCUCACGGCCGACGGCUACGUGCUCACGGCGCACCGCAUCCCGCACGCGCGCGGCCUCGCGCCCGCGCCGCGCGGCGCGCGCACGCCCGUGCUUCUCAUGCACGGCCUGCUGUGCUCGUCCGCCGACUUCCUGGUGCUAGGUCCCGACGCCGCGCUGGGCUACCUGCUGGCUGACGCGGGCUACGAUGUUUGGCUGGCCAACGCGCGCGGCAACCACUACUCGCGCCGCCACCUGUGGCUCGACCCCGACGACCGCGAGCGGCUGGACUUCUGGAAGUUCAGCUGGGACGAGAUCGGCAACCGCGACCUGCCCGCGCUGGCGGACCACAUCGGCGCGGUCACGGGACGGCGCAUGCACUACGUGGGCUACUCGCAGGGCAGCACGGCCUUCCUCGUGCUCAUGGCGCUGCGGCCCGAGUACAACGAGCGGUUCCUCUCCUUCCAGGCGCUGGCGCCCGCCGCCUUCGCCGAGUACAGCGAGGACCCCGUGCGCGACCGCCUGGUGCAUCUGGAGAGCGUGAUAGACGUGAGUACGGCGCCCGCCGGUGCUCGCGCCGCGCCUUCAACAGUUGCAGCAUUAUCAUAUACCCGUCGUCCGCAGACGCUGGCGUUCCGGCACGGCGUGGGCGAGGUGCUGGGCCGCCACGACGCGUUCACGGCGCUGGGCCUGCGCUUCUGCGCCGACGGCGCGCGCCUGCAGCCGCUGUGCGCGCGCCUGCUGGGCGGCGGCGAGGCCGUCAACCGCACGCUGCUGCCCGUGUUCCUGGGCCACACGCCGGCCGGCGCGGGCGUGCGCCAGAUCCUGCACUACGCGCAGGUGCAGCGCUUCGGCCGCUUCGCGCGCUACAACCACGACGCGCUCGGCAACCUGGCGCGCUACGGCAGUCUGCGCCCGCCCGAGUACGACGUGACGCGCGUGGCCGUGCCCACGUACCUGCACUACGGCCUGAGCGACAAGAACUCGCUGGCGGAGAACGUGCGCCUGCUGGCGCGCCGCAUGGGCCCGCGCGCCGCGUUGCUGCGCGUGCCGCGCGCCUCCUUCAACCACUUCGACUUCAUCUGGGCCGGCGACGCGCGCGCGCAGCUGUACGAGCCGCUCGUGGCCACGCUGCGCCGCCACGACCCACCCCGCCGCUAG